AUGAUUGGCGUGCCAAAAUGCUAUAAAUGCGCCGCCUGGCCAAUUCAGUCACAUUCAUUCUCGUUGCGAGUUCACGGUGACAACAAGCCCAAAUCCAAACCCCAAAUCCAGCCAAAAAUGAACAAAUUCUUCGUCCUUGCCGUUGCCGCCCUGGCCAUUGCCUGCGUUCGUGCUGACUCCUUCGAUGCCGCCGCCGAGACCAGGGAGUACAAGAGCGACCUGAAGGAGGACGGCAGCUAUGCCUACCAGUAUCAGACCUCCAAUGGCAUCGCCGACCAAGAGUCCGGAGCGGGUGGAUACUAUGCCAGCGGCUCCAAUGCCUACUACGCCCCCGAUGGCCAGCUUAUCCAGCUGACCUACACCGCCGAUGCCAAUGGAUUCCAUCCUUCUGGCGCCCAUCUGCCCACUCCUCCUCCAAUCCCAGCGGCCAUCCUGAAGUCCCUGGAGUACAUCCGUACCCAUCCGCACCAGGAGUCGCGACAGGGUCAGGGGCGAUUCUAG